CCUUGUAUGCGAUGGAAGCUCUAUCGGAACAAGAUGUACAGAAUGAGGUAAAUGUUAUGAAGCUGUAGUCAAACGUCAACGAUCAUAGUGGGGGUCGUACAGAAAAGGUUUAGCGAGUACAGCCUCAAGACUAGGUACCUACGUCACCACACCAUGAAGGUAUGGCAUGACACUCCAUGAUUCUUGCCCUUUGAGGCCUCAUUCACUUAUUGAUUGAUCUAAAGUUUAACCAUAAAUCCUCCACCAAGAUUCAGUGGAUCUUUCUCACAAGAGACACUACAUCCACUGUGACCACUGAAGCAUCCCGUCACAUCCAUCAAAAGCCGCUGAAAAAAACAACAUCUCACAUAUCUAUUUACCAAGACACAUCCCCCUUCCUCUCUACGUUGCAUGCCCUCGAUGUGAUAUGAGAUAUCAUGACGUCCACAGAUCUCGCACCUGAGCAGGUGCAUGCCUUGUUUGAUAUCCUCACACACCACGAAACAUACGCAGAGAUCCAGAGCUUCAAGUAUCCAGAUGCAGUCACAGGCUAUGGCUAUCCUUUCUCAAGAGCAACGGUUGAACCUCAAACUACGCAAAGCGCACCCCCAAACACAGGAUGGAGAAGCUGGGCUGGAACACCUGUGAGCUCAAGACCAGGAACGCCAAAGCAAGGAGCUGCAAAAGACGCCAAGGAAACUCCUAGCGAGGACGACGAUAAGAAACCUUCUUCAUCACCUAUUCUUCAUACCAUGUUAACACGGUUCAUUCUAAAACUUCCGGGUGUGCGAGAUCUACCACGCGAGUUUUGGUCUAUCAGAGUACAAGGCUUGUUGACGAGACUCGGAGAGGCAGAACUUUCAGAGAGCUAUGAUAAAGGUGCUCUGGGGACGCGAAAGGUGCUUGCGACUGGAUCGAGUGGACUCCUUGAAAUGGUUGGUCGAGGAGUUUUUGGCGGUGUCAGGAAGACAGUUCGACCGGAUAAGUCUCCGGAUAAGAAGGUUGAGUACGAUCGGACCAAGGCCGCAGACCUGGUAAAGGCGUGGGAUGAUGUUGUUGAGGGCUUGGUAUAUGGAGGUUUGGCAGAUGAGAUGUUUGAUCAUUUCAGCAAAACUUCAGAUCUUGAGAGUCAUUCGCCAGUCAUUGGAGCAGCAGCUGAAUACGCCAUCAUCCACCUCGCUACCUUCAUCCACCAUAUCUUUGUCCUCUCUCCAGAAGGCCAAUAUCUCCUCAAACUACUCGAAAACGUCCACAACCUCAUCCCCUACAAGAUGGUCAAGCAGACUUUACGGAUGGGCAAUGCCGCUAGUAUGAUUAGCGCCAUGAUGCGCCUACUCCUUGCAAAGUUGAGCGUUACGAGCGUCACCAACUGGAUCGGCUUGACCGCCAAUGCUGAUGAUGGCAUGAACCUCUUGCAGCGGAUCAUCUCAUUAGUUUUGUCGUGGGAUGCUGGAGAGUUUCGGAAGAGCGCAGACAAGGUUGAGAGAGCUAAGGAUCGACCGAGUGACGAAAUGCUCGAGGCUAUUCGUCAGUAUAUCGCUAUGAGUCGCGAUGAGCAUAAGACGGUUCGUAAUGCCAGUGAGGAACAUGCUCAGUCGAUUAUCACCGCCAUUUUCAACGGGUCCAAUCCUACGUUAGCAACUCAGCUUGAUGAUCAGAAGCACGCGCAGUGUCUAGAGUAUUAUUCUGCUCUUCUCUCCGUGCGCGAUCGUGAAAGCAUCACAACAGCCUUCUGUCGCCAGCCUCCCGAUCUCUUUACUGCGACUAUCAAGGAUCUAUUUGCCGCCUAUGAACCUAUGAUCCGCAUGGUACACUCUCAGAUAGAUUUGCGGGAGCAUGUCGAAGCGGGUCAAUUGUUCAUCGAUGAGUUUAUCAAGGCCGGCAAGCCGAAGAAGGACGGCAGCAUGCCAACUGUGGACGAUUACGUUGGCCUUUUCAUGAGAAACCGAGAGCUCAUGUAUAGAUGGGUUCAUGCGUUUGCAGCAUCAUGUCCUGAUGUUUGGGAAGAGAUGAAGAAAUGGACCAACGAUGCCGUACUCAAGUUUCGCCAGGAAAGAAAGCCUGUGCAAAAGACGAGCAAUGCCGAAGCGGGAGAGCAGGCCACCAAUGGUACUAUUGGUGUGAGCACAAUGGAAGACCAACUAAAUAAGUUAUUCCAGUCGGUUCCUGAGAAGUCUCAAAUGGACGUUCUCGUUUCAUUGGAUAACCACGCAGCAUACCUUGCUCAAGUCGAGGCCCUUUCUCUUUGCCGCCUACAGCGCAUCAUUGACUCAGGCGAUUCAGAAUCAGGCAACAUGUCAGGCCCAGGCAUGUAUCUCUCCCGAUGGCAGAGCCUGCUAGAAGACACGGCUAUAACACCAGAAAAGCCAAAGGGGCCCGUCAGACAUGGGAAAGAUGUCAAGAAUGCUCUUACUAUGGGUAAGAUUGGAGUUGAAGGCACGGAAAAGGCGAGAGAAGAACCCCUUCAAGCAGCUAUCGAGGAAGCUGAGGAGGGACCUGACGCUCCCGACGUAAAGGUGGUGAUAAAAGAGCUGGCAGAUGGAUUCAAGAAGCUGCUACAGGAGAGCUCUGGAAAGGAUAUGAGGUAAUACGGGUUGAAGUGAUACAAGCGAAGGUCUCAUGAAUAAUAGAAGAAACGAAUACACAUGAAUACAAGGUAAACAGUUGAUAGCAAGUUUUACCAAAACUAAGAUAAUGCUGUGAAAUCAUGAACAUGAUGAUACA